GUAAAGGACUGAGUUACCGGAUAUAGGAUCGAACAUUUAUAUAAGUUAUUUACAAUUGUUCUGGUAUAUUCACGAAACGAGGACUGGGGGGUAUAUUUCAACAUGAAGAAAUUAUUAACUUGGUUAGUGUUCCUGUCUUUGAUGCACCCGGUGGUAAGCUGGGGCUUCUCAAUAAAGAAUCAGAAGAACCUAGAGACAAGAUAUUCUGAUUAUUGUGGGACUAAAUCACUCUGUUCUGGGGAGAAUUCCACCGAGACCAAUUUAUCAAUGGACUGUCCCGAGUGUAUUUGCACGAAUGAUUGUGAAAUGCUUGGAAGAUGUUGUCCCGAUAAAUCUUUAAGCAAGUGUGUCAGACCCGUUUAUUCCAUUGACGGACAUAUUUCUAGAUUUGUAAAUACUGAAAAAUACUGGAUCGUUUCUUCAUGUCCUCAACCCGAAAAUGACUGUUCAAUGUCUCUAGAAAAUGCUAGUCUCAAUUUCCAACGCUUAGCGCCAGUAAUUUCCAGAAGAACAAAUAUUACCUAUUUAAAUUCAAAGUGUGCAAAAUGCCACGGUGAAAAUGACUUCAUUGAAUGGUCAUACUUUCUUCAGUGCAAUGAAACAUUAAAUCUCAAUAUUUAUUCGUAUGCUGAUGAACUAUUGGAGGAUAUGAAACGAUAUGACUGUUUCAUUCAUUAUCACUCUUCACAAUGGAAUUCUCGUCCGUGUGAAAGACCAAAUUUAAUUACAGAAUGUAAUCAUACUGGCGACUGGGACAUCUAUGAUGAAGACAUAGAUACUGCAUGUAAAAAUCAUCUGGACCCAUAUAAACAUUUUCAAAACGUUUUCUGCUUCCUCUGUAAUACUGGUGUCAAUCAACGUAAUUCAUUCAAAAUUCAAUAUAAUAUAGCACGCGGAAAUAAUUCAUCCAAACAGGCCAGUGUUGAUCAAUACAUCAAUGACACAAUGGGUAAUGCAUGCAUCGAAAAUUGUGAAAAUAGAAACGACGAUGUCGUAUCUUUCCAAGAAACAGUAGUACUUUUAAAUGAUACUUACGAUAUCAAAGAUAAAAUUUAUAAGGCUUUUCUGACAUUGCUAUCAUGGGAUGUGGUGGUAAAUGUCAACAAUACUCUCUUAGCGAGGAACUUCAGAAAUGAAAGCUUUUCGGUAUCCUAUGGGGACACAUUGAACUUAACGGCUUUGUACGAGGAAUAUAUCAGGUCUGGUGGGUAUUCAAACUGGUGUCAGGCCGAUUUUCGAGCAGACAGAAUAUUUCCCGGAUUCAAAAGUAGAAGAAGUUGUUCUUGUAAUUGGAAUUGCUAUCAGUCUCGUUCAUGUUGCCCUGACAUUGCGUACUAUCAAUCAAAAGCUUGUAAAGUACCAAUGCUUGCUGAAAAUAGCAAUGGAAAUACUAUUGGUACCGAAUCAAUUUAUCCCAUUUUCUUAAUUAGCAGAUGUCCUGUAAACUACAAUGAUACCUACGUUAAAUCAAUGUGUGAAAACGUAGAAGAGAAUAAACUUUUGUAUAUCCCUGUUAUCAACGUGGACACUACUGAGGCAUACAGAAACCAUUACUGCUAUCUAUGCCACAACCAAGACAACUUAAAAAGAGAUGGUGACAACAAAUACAUAAAAGCCUUUAAUAUCACGCUCACUUGUCCUACACUCCUAUAUCCAAGGUUUUUGCCAACAGUUGAGUCGCUGUUCAAUUUGGCAAAGCUGAGUCAUUGUUCCGUCAUAUUCUCAGCUGAUCAUAGGACAGAAGGAUGUUUCUUGGACAGUAUUAAUACAAAUAUAAACAAAUGUAACAUUAGUGGGAAUGUGACAUCUUUCAGUACACAUGCCAGGAAACUUUGCGAAGACCCAAAUAUCAAUGUAAUUGCUAAAUCUAGUAAUUUCCUUUACAAGAACCAAAUCUGCGAUUUGUGCAACAGUAAAGUGUAUGAAGACCCGGUCGGAGUGUGUCUUGUUGACCAGUCCCUCAUAAAUAUUGACCCCGUACUGUGUGAGCAAGGAGACUUAGAAUUAGAAAAGUAUCCUUUCAAGAACUUUUAUUGUGAGGUUUGUGGCACCUAUCCAGGUUCUAUUAACCCAUUGCCUACAUAUCCACCAAUACAAGACCCUACUUACAGACAGCUGUUUUCUGUUUUGGAUACACCAACAAGCAACUUUUAUUUCAACACAGAGAAUUGCCAGGAAAAUGAGGUGCUUGAUGUCUAUAAGGGCAAAUGCAGAAAAUUGUACUGUACCAAAGGAAAAUCUGUUAAAAAUUCAACUUGUGUACAUUUCAUCCCGUUUGUGAAAUCCGUGAAUUACAGAAUGGCGUUUAAAGUCUCCCUUGUAACAAAUGGGACAGACGCAUACUCUGCAUUACAAAAUCUUCAGAUGGUAUUCCAACACGAUUUCCAAGAUCUUAACGUUUAUCUCGAGUUUGUAGAAUUUUACGCUUUUGUGGACCAACCUUGUUCCGUAUUACAAAUCGAACCACAAAACAUGAAGGAAGCAACGGUAUAUUUGAAACUGAUGAUGAGACAAUCAAGCCUGCUUAACAAAACAGCAAUAGAGGAAAAAUUAUUACGUUUUAAACGUCUCACACUUGAUUAUAAUGGCGUUUCAUACACUUUUCAGGAAAGUGUAAAUGCAUGGUAUUUUCCAGUCCUUUACCUGUCUGAUGAACUAAAUGAAGGUUGUCUUAUCAAAGAAAACCUAUAUUAUGAUACCAAAUUAUUUUUUGAUGUGAAUGAUUUACUAUUGUGUACACAAAUUGAAUUAGAACCUGACGAAUUUGAGUUCAGUGAAGAUAUGACCCGUGUUUAUGUUCCAACGGUGGACAUUUAUUUUAAUAUAAACGAAUUUCAUAUUACUCAUAAUGGAACCAUAAGAAUUUGUUCAGAAUCAUAUAAGAGGAUUGCCAAACCUAAACCAGCAUCAGUAAUGAGAACAAUUUUAAUUGUAGUGACAUACAUUUCCACUAUACUAUCACUUCUGGGGUUGACUCUUACAUUUCUAACAUUCUGUAUAUUACCAAGUUUGAGAACUCUUCCUGGCAAAAACAUGAUGUGUUACACAUUGUCAUUAUUUGCUGCUCAGCUUCUUUUUUUAGUCAGAUCACACAGUGAACUGCUUGAUUCAUCUGCCUGUGCUGUAAUGGGAGGACUCACCCACUAUUUCUGGUUGACUGUUUUCACCUGCACAAAUAUUGUCAGUUUUCACAUGUUUAGAUUGUUUGUGUUUUCCUCCUUGAUACAUGACGACAAAAAUAAUGUGCGUCAGUUCUUAAAAAACGUUUUCAUUGCUAUUUUCACCCCUACUGUACCGGUUGUAAUUAACAUAAUACUAAGCUACACGGUGAACGGAACACAAUUCGGUUAUGGAGGUUCCGCUUGUUUCCUGUCGAGUUCUAUAGCUUUGCUCUGGUUUGUUAUACUUCCGAUCACUCUCCAAAUUCUGUCUAAUUUAUUGAUGUUUUCUAUUACAUUUCAUUACAUACGUAAAACACCCAAAGUCGAGAGUUCAAAAGACAGAAAUGAAUUUUCUAUCUUUCUAAAGUUGUUUCUUUUGACUGGUAUAUCUUGGAUCCUACUGGUUGUUGACGGGUUUUUUGAGAUUUCCCUUUUCACCUUUUUGGCCACAAUAAUAAACGGUUCCCAGGGAGUAUUUCUGUUUAUUUCCUAUGUCUGUAAUAAAAAGGUUCUGCGAGCGCUAAAACAAAAGUUUGUCGGGAAAUCAGAGGGGACGACUUUCACAGGAAAUACGUCUUUGAUUAGUAGAAGUGGUGGGGCUUCGUUCAACAGCCAACAGCACGGAAGCGACACAACACGGACAUCCAGAAUUUAAACAUUGAUGUUGAGUUUGAGUUCUUAAUGAUCAAUUCGAAUCCAAAUUUCAAUUUUGUAUCUUAAAUGGACAUAAAAUUCAUUUCAAGUGUUUGUGACGUGGAUCUUUAUAAUUUAUACACAGCAAAUUAAUGUGUUUUAUUUUGAAAACAGUUUUUUUCUUACGUGAAGUAUGUUUAGUACCUUGGAUGAUUCAUAAUGUCUUGAAGUCAUAUACAUCAUGAUCAUUCAUUAAAAACAAUAAAAUUGAAUUGGUUAUGCUUUUUAGUGUGUCAUCCAUUGCACAGUUUUAUUGUGUUACGAGACCCUUAAUGAGCUUAUUUCCGUAGCUUUCAAUACUAUGUUUCGUGAAGAAUACGUACAUUUUGCAUAAUAAUUGCAUUUAUUUCUCAAUAUAACGCGACAAAUACAUGAAUUUAGGCCAAACCUUUACCAUGAUACGCUAAUUGUUCUGGAAUUCGAAAUUCUAGCUACGGAAACUCAUAAUAUUCAUUGAAUAAAUAAACACCUCGCAGUCUCUCUUUCUACAAUCAUAAUUCAAUUCUAAACAAAUACUACACAGGUUCAGGAUUAUCAUAAGUAACCAAAGUUAACUCUAAUUUGUAAUUAUUGGAAAGGAGAAAUCUACUAAGUGCCAGAGCAUCCUCAAUCCUCACAAAAAUGAGGUGAAUAUGGUCGACCAUUUAGAAAACGGCUGUGAUAUCCCCACACUGGCGAAAACAUUUCUGUGAACGUAUGUCAAGAUAAUUAACUUUUGGUGAACAAGCUUCCGUUUUAAUUGUUUGAUCAUAUUGAAAACGUUUGAGAUUUCCACAUCACAGCCAUAUACGAGUAAACGUAUUUUCGUGUUACAUGUACCAGGAUACAGGGAGUGGUUGGCUGGUCAAGUUCCCAAAGGGUCAUCCUUUACCCUCUUAUUUUAUAAUUGGUCAUUAAAAAUGGUUAAUAUCCUUUAGCAUGCAUAAUUGUUCUUGUUUCUCAUGUAAUGUUGCAUUAGUUACAUAUUUCGUUUGGUAUGUUCCACAAAGUCAUUAAUUCCACUUUCAUAACUGGUCAUCAAAUAUUUUAAAAACCCUUAUAACCUAUAGCUAUACUGAUACUGUUAUGUCAAAACGAGAGCAAUAGUCAGACAAAAGACCCGAAACAAGAACCAUUGAAGUCCACAAUCAGUAUUUCGUAAAUUGUCCUUAUCUGUAGUUCAUUAAAAGUCAAAUAGUUGAUAGCCCUUCUAGAUCAUAUGUAACCGCUUCUAUCAAUAUGCAUUGUAUGGAAAGUUAGGCAAGUGCUCCUAAAUUAUCAUCCCUCAAUCUAUCUCCCACCUUAAGUGAUCAAUUAAGUCAUCUUUAA